UAAAUUUUUAAAGUUCCAAUGGAUAAUAACACUUUACAAACAGAACAUAUCCAAAACUCCAUGGCCACCAUAUUCUCAUCACCAUCGACCAUUUUCUCCUCCUCCUCCUCCACCGCAGCAACCACCACCAACCCACCAAAACCAUCCUCCUUGUCCAAGUCUCUCCUCCCUUUAAUAGAACACUCCAAGCAACCUUUAACCACCUUAACCGCUGCCGCAGCCAUAGCCACCAUCCUUACCAGUGCACCACCUUCAUUAGCGGCGGACUCGUCAGCCACGUACCAAGUCUACUACGGCACCGCCGCCAGCGCCGCCAACUAUGGUGGCUACGGUGGUAACUCCAGCAAGAAAGACUCCGCUGAGUAUGUCUACGACGUGCCUGAGGGUUGGAAGGAACGUUUGGUCUCAAAAGUUGAGAAGGGUACCAAUGGAACUGACAGUGAAUUCUACAACCCAAAGAAGAAGUCAGAGAAAGAGUACCUCACUUUUCUCUCUGGAUUUCGUCAACUUGCGCCAAAAGAUGCUGUUUUGAACAACUUGGCUCUUUCUGAUGUGGGCUUGCAGGACUUGAUUGCCAAUGCAGAGAGCUUAAUCUCUGAGGAGGUGAAGGAUGAUAAGGGUCAGGUUUAUUAUGUGUAUGAGAUUGAUGGGAAAUACUCCUCUGGUUCAGUGGCCUCUUUCCCUCUUGAGAGAUUCACUUCCAUGAUCCUUUCUGUCACUAAUGUUUAUAGCCCUAUGUCAAAUCUCAACACAAUACGCAUGGUUACUUGUAACAGCAACACCAGUUUGCCUUACAAUAUUCAAGUUUAUGAUGGUUAUGAGGUUAUCAAUCAUUUUCUCUUAAAGCUGGGUGUGCUUCUCUUUGAUGAAGCUUGAUUUCAAAUACAUUAUGUAAUUUGAUUCACAAUGGGAUAUGUCUUUACCAAUUAGUUUGAGCUUGAACACUUAUAAUCUGCAAUCAAAUAUAGCAAUAUUGUGGACUAUAAAAUCAUGCCAU